AAUCAGUUCAUAUCUAUGAGCCAUUUGAUCCACUAUCAAUAUUCCGUAGCAAGCUAUACAUAACGUAGAUUGCACGUUUGAUGCAUUUGAGUGAAUUUUGUCGCAUCUAAACGGAGACGCUCUUGGUCAAACUGCACAAAUAUAACAUUAUUGCUUAAUUGUUGAGGAAGAUGAAGUGUAUGAAUCUUCACUGUGAAGGUUCACUAGUGUUAUUCCAACCAUUUCUCUUUACACUCAAUCCUGAUAAGGAUCAUGUCUCGUCCUGUCUGUCAAAGGUCAGUGAUGUGGAAAUAUAUAUAUAUAUAUAUAUAUAUAUAUAUGGAAACGCACAGCUUAAUGAUGUAUUGAGACAGCAGAUAAAUAUGCAUCAACAUCCUAUCACGAACACUAACAGGGAUGUAUUUAUUCUUGACAUAUAUCUAUUUGGGUCAAAUCAUAUAUUAGUGUUCACUCUCAAUGCAUGUAACGAAAUAUAUUCUGCAAUAAAGAAGCAAAAACAAUUGGUUUUGUUGUCUUUUUGGUCAAAGCAAUACGGCGGCAUCUGGUUCCGGAUUCUGAUUGGUCAGAAGGUGUUGGUUGGUAGUCUAUAGUGGUAGUAAGUGUAGUGUAGCUGUAACAGGGUUCAAGGUUCAGAGGUGUGGGUGUGUUGCUAUAUAAGAUACCAUCCGUAGUAUCUUUAGCUCACUUAUCAUACCUUCCAUGUUGCCAUCACUGGAGACUUGUCUUCCUUUUCUGCUAACAUUAUAUCAGGCUCCAGGAAGUUUUUACAUACAAGAAAGCUGAAUUUCUAGUCCUCUGUCGUCAGAAGGAAAUCAUUCAUGGAUCCAGCCAAGAGCGUGGCUCCGGAGGUCCAGGGUAUGGUGAUGAAACCGCUCGGAUGUCCAUCCGGGCUGGAGUACUUAACACAGAUCGACCAGCUUCUCAUUCAGCAGAAACUGGAGCUGGCUGAAAUUAUUAUAGGAUGGGAAUCCAGAAACAAGUACCUGGUGAAGAACACGCUCGGGCAGCAGAUCUUCUAUGUGGCCGAGGAGAAUGAUUGCUGCACCCGGAACUGCUGCGGACCGAUUCGCUCCUUCGUCCUCCACAUCGAGGACAACACGGGGCAGGAGGUGAUCCGGAUCACGAGACCGCUACGCUGCGACAGCUGCUUUUGCCCCUGCUGUCUGCAAGAGCUUGAGGUUCAGUCUCCUCCAGGCACUCCCAUCGGGUACGUGGUUCAGAACUGGCACCCCUGCUUACCCAAGUACACCAUUCAAAACGAGAACAAGCAGGACGUCCUGAAGAUCGCUGGACCUUGCUGGACCUGUAAAUGUUGUUCCGAUGUGAAUUUUGAGGUUUUGUCACUGGACGAAUCGCAGGCCGUGGGCCGCAUCAGCAAGCAGUGGACAGGCAUCUUCCAAGAGGCUUUCACGGACGCUGACAAUUUCGGGAUCCAGUUCCCUAUGGAUCUGGAUGUUAAGAUGAAGGCUGUUCUUCUCGGAGCUUGUUUUCUCAUCGUAAGCAUCAACAUGUCCUGUUUUUGUUUUGUUUUCUCCUGUUAAAAAUGCCCUUUUCACUUUAACUCCAUCUAACUGUUGUAUUGCUUUGUUAGGACUUCAUGUUCUUUGAGCAUAAUGAAUAAGAAAAAACAAAUCUGAGCCAAAAAAGGUGUGUAGGUUUUGACUGUUUCUCUGACAGAAAAUUUAGAUCUUGUUUACUUUUUUUCCCAUUUUAACUCCUGUUUCUUUUGCAGUUUUUCGCCGAUGUGAGGCAUCCACGCUCCGGCUCUUUAGGAAAAUUAAUAUAUACUGGAUAGAAAUCUCUCUUAGUAA